AUUAUUAUGAACGUCGAAAUAUCAAAUUCUGAGAAAGUACAGCAAGUAGUUUCUAAAUUUUAUAAUAGAUAUUAAUGAAAUAAGAAUAAUUGUUAAAAGAAUAGAAAUACUAUGAAUAUGAGUAAAAAAUAUUGACUUUUGGAUCAAGAUUUAUUAAUUAAUAAAAUAAAGAGGGAGCUAUUUAUUUGUAUUUAUAAGCUAGCAAAGUGUUAGUUAAAAAUAAUUAAGAUAAUUCAGGAUUUAAUUUAGCAACAGAAGUGAUAAAAUUAUAAGAUGAUUUAGAUUCUUAAAGUAUUGGUAAGAUUAAUAAAUUAAUUAUGAAAAGCCGAAAUCAUGUCAAUUUAUUCAAUAGCUUAAUUUAGUAAAUUGAAAGUGCAAUUCAUUAAUAAAGUGUUAAAGAAAUAUCCAAAUUAUAAAGAUUAAAUUUGUUAAUAAGUUGGAGUGGAUUUAUUUAAUAAUAAUAAAUUUCAUUUAGCAUGGAGAUAUUUGAUAUAAUUAUCAGAUGUAAAUACAGAAAUUUAGAUGUUAGUAAAAUGGAAUUAAUAAUUACCAGAAUAAGAAAGAUAGUAUAACUUAAUUAGAUAUUUAUUGAUGUAAAUUAGAGAGCAAUAAAAUUAGUAAAUUAGGUUAGGGAUUAUAUAAUGAGAGUGUUAAAAUAUUAAAUGAAUUGAUUCCUACAACAGUAACUUAGGAAGCAUUAUUUAUUCAUUUAUUAGUGAAAUCAAUAAGAAUUAAAAGCAGAGAAGCAUAUGAUUUAGUUUUUAAUAAAUUCUAAAUUGUUAUAAAUGCAGAUCCCAUUUUUUAGGAUGUAUAAGAAUUUAUAAUAUAUAUAAUUAGUUAUAUUAUAAAGUAGGUGUAAAGUAUUUUGGAUUAAAAGAUAAGGAAAAUUAAUAAUCUGGUAUUGGUGGAUUAUUGAGUUAAUUCUUUUAAUGA